AUGCUCGGAUCUGUUGUAGGUGGUCGACACGCCGAGCGUUCACCGCGAGCAGUGCGCUUUGAACUGCUCGACAAAACUCCAUAUACAGCAACAUUCACUGUGAGGCAGUAUUCUCAAACUUCAGAAAAAAUACAGAUUCUGGAAGGAUACGGGAGAAGACUGGGCCCCGAUCCGGGCGAGCUACUCAUUAAUAUCGGACAUCCAGCUGAUCCUUGUCCAUAUUCGAUUGUUCGCAGCGGUCCCGUGAACAGUGAUGACCUCUACGACUAUGUAAUUCUGACACAACCGCUCAAAUAUCCGACUAUUGUCCUCGCUCGUGACCCCUUCGAUUUCGAUACCAAAUACAAGCAGCAGGUAAUGGUUUAA